UCGGUGCUGAUUGGACAGCGUCCUCCGACCGCCUGCCUUAUAUUAGCAAGUCCUUGCCUCUGUGUUGACUAAACGUGACAAUGUUCUGAAAGCCGAAGGGUUUUGCUUUUUCAUGUCUUGUUGUACCGUGUUGAACUGUUCUUGUUGACCACUGAGAUCGGAAGGGAUUGGCUCUGUAUGGCCCCAAGUGUUGACAAGACAUGACUUCUUUAACGAUUCGAUUACAAACUGAAGAGGCUUCACGUGUUGUUUUGAACAGAAGUGAAAUGCAAACUAACCUGAACAUGGCAGGUGACCAGGAGGUGGAAAAACCUAGAGUUGCUAUACUACCAUUUAGUGUUGAAGCGUUGAUGGCAGAUAAAAAACCUACCAGAGAAGUAUCGAGUUCCGAAGUGACCGCUAUUGCAGGAACGUCGCACACGCUGAGUCCCAGAAUGGGUGCACUAAGUGGUCCAGAGACGCCAGUCUCUCCCUUGAGCAUCAACUCGCCAUUCUCGGUAGGAGGACUAACCAAAAUGCCAGAGGAUGCAAUUGUCAAAUCUGAGAGCCCCGAAAGGCAAGAACGCAAUUCUUGGAUACAAAGUUCCAGGUUCUCACCUCCUCCUCCAAGACGUCUGAGUCCCCCUGCUUGUCCUCUGAGAAAGCACAAAAACAACAGGAAGCCCCGGACUCCCUUUACCACGUCUCAGCUGUUGGCUUUGGAGAGGAAAUUCCGUCAGAAACAGUACCUGUCAAUCGCAGAGCGAGCAGAAUUCUCCAACUCUCUAAAUCUGACGGAGACGCAGGUAAAAAUCUGGUUCCAAAACCGGAGAGCGAAAGCAAAGAGACUACAAGAAGCCGAACUAGAGAAACUGAAAAUGGCAGCCAAACCCAUGUUGCCACCCGCUUUUGGGAUAUCCUUUCCUCUUGGUGCACAUGUCCCUGCGACCUCACUUUACGGAGCAUCCCAUCCCUUCCAAAGACAAUCACUACCCAUGUCACCCGUUGGACUUUAUGCCGCUCAUGUCGGAUACAGCAUGUAUCACCUGGCCUGAAACAGCCCUUUCUAUGGUGACUUGGAAAUACCUCCAAUAUCAUAUCUUCUCAAACAUUUCAUGCUGACAGCCGAGACACAGAUAAAAGAUUACUGUUUCAAAAGCUUUAUGUUCUGUUUUAUGUGAAGAAUAAAUACUAUAUAACGAAAAAUUAAAACAACAAAUAAAUAAUAAAUUUCAUUUAAGAAAAAAAAAAAAAAAA